AUGAAAGCGAACGAGAUUGCCGGUUGCUCGGAUUGCGCUGAGGCUAGGUCGUCGCCUGUGAGAGAUGAGCUAGGGUUUGUGAUUGGAGAAAAAUUCAGAAUGGGAGGGGAAUCAAAAUUUAGAGGGAUCAACAUUCAGCUGAAAUCCUCCUUUGGCCAAAACGGCGUCGCUCCACGCCUAAACCCGAUGCUUGGGUCCGGGCUAAUCUUCAAUUGGGCAGCAGCCACUCGUUUGCGGUAUCAGGUCUUGGUCGAACUGUUCGGAUCGUCCAGUUGA